AUGCGAAAUGACGGUGUCGAUCAAAGAGCUGAAACCAUCGACUUCGAACCACACCCCGUCCACUCUCAGCGGAAAGUGGGUCACGACGUCCAGAGAACGGAAGGCUGGAGAAGUGGCAAGUCGCAGGCGCGACGCGGUGACGCUGUCCAGAUGGUCACAAGCCGCACUUCCGGAUCAGGAAGGGCUCAAGCCAUCGCCGUGGAUUGCCAGGAUUGUCCCUGGGCAGCCGUGGACAUCCCAGAACCUCCCCAGGCCCGGAAGGAAUGCGCUGGAACGACGCCCUUGUUCAGGGAAUAA